AAUAUUGACGACAUGGUAGGACAAAGCCCCUCGAUACAGUCAUUCUUCCCUUUGCAAUCCUCUCCUCUCAAAACUUCGCCCCGAACAUCUUCACCCGCACCGGGUGAUGGCUCCACCUCAGAAGAACUCGACACUUCCUGUAUUACAGCACAGAAGGACGAUUGGACCCCAUCUGCAGACUAUGACGAGUAUGACAUCGAUUCGCUUGUGCCAGGUCCAAAUCGAAUCAAAAUCGUAGGUCGAAUUGCCAACCUGUUUGAGAGCUCGCCUAAAGCAAAGUUACCAAACGGCGCCAAAGGAUCUGUCCACCUUGUGGUCAAGGACAACACGAGUGCUGUCACUGUAUGCCAACUCGUUGCAGUAUGGGCUACUUAUGUCGCAGAUGGUGACCGAGGCAUCUUCGCGUGUGCUGUCGCACCCCUGUUCAUCAAGGUCUUUCCAGAGAAGGACAAGAGCUGCCACAUCCUUGUACUGGAUGAUCCGAAGUUCGUCCAACUUUGCAGGAAGCCAUUGAGUUAUGAGUCUACCCUCAUGUCUUUGAAGGAUUUCACCCAUGGUGGCUCCGAGGUAACUGAAGCCAAAAUUCUUGUCAUUGUGAAGAGCAUCAGUACACGCAAGANNAAAAUGACAGUCACGAAGAAGGAUGGAACCACGGCCGACCUCGUGAAAGUUGGCGUGAUGGACGACACAAGCGAAGCAACACUGUCCUUGUGGGGUGUCGCUACAACGACUCCGGUGGAUUGGCAGCCAUCGCAGACUGCGCUGCUUAUAUCGAGUCCAAGCCUGAAUGUCUCACACCAAACCUGGUUGGCACUGACUUCCAGCACUUUCAUCGAUGUGGACCCAGAUAUCCCAGAAGCAGAAAGACUUCGUGCAUUCGCUGGACACAUGAUCAAAAGACGGCACAUCAAUCCAGCUUUUCCUGAUANNAAGCNNGCUCGCGAAGCACCUGAGGACGAAUUUGAGGGCUAUCUGAGCGUGAUCAUCAUAGACCUCAAUAUAUCUUCCCUACGGCAGCAGAACAUGCUUAUGUGCAAUGAGUGCUGUGGCAUUCCACUGUACGCAAACUCGACAGUGGCAAAGUGUAAGCAGUGUGAUGAGCAGGUGCCACUGAGAAUCAAUCCGCGACUGAUUGGCAAGCUGAUAGAUGAGAGUGGAUGCAUUUUGAGUGGCAAGCUUGUGCUGUCAGAUCACGCGUGGACACGUCUGCUGGGAAGAAGCGCUAGAGAGUUGAUGCAGAGCAGUGCAAGCACGCUGAAGAGCGUGGAACACCGAAUGCUUCACGUACGUGUCACGUUGCGGUUCUGGUGGAGUGCCGGUGUGGGCAAGCUAGUCAUCACGGACGUGCUUGAGUAA